CAGGAAGCAGCUGGGUCUAGAAUUUUUUACGCAUGCUCAGAUUUCAGGAGACGGACACCGAGUGACAGAAACAGACCGAUAAACCGGCCAGGAACUGGCGCCGAGAGAGUGAACGUAGGCUUGCGUGCCCGUACGGAGAGCGUGAACGUCCUCGGAGCGUAACGGACGCGUGUUGUUGUCGGUGGAGCUAGCCUGGACAGCUCAGUUUGGGGCAAGGGCUGACAGGCCACACACCAAAGUGUUUAUUAGUGCCCCCCACCCCCUCACUGCCGGCCUGACUCUCGCCUACGGCAGACUACUGACAUCUCCCCUCUGGUACAUUGUGUGCGCGUUCUUCCUAUGGCCUCCCUUGCAUGACAGCUCUUGGGGCUGGGCCCCUUCUCUCCCCUGGAUAAAGUGCUCUCCUUCCGUGCUCCUCUCACCCCGGCAGGAUCAUCAUGGGGGAGACCAAGGUUAUUUACCAUCUGGAUGAGCAGGAGACCCCGUAUCUAGUCAAGCUGCCGGUGCCAUCUGAUCGGGUGACCCUGGGAGACUUCAAGGGGGUGCUCAACAAACCCAACUACAAGUUCUUCUUCAAGUCUAUGGACGAUGAUUUUGGGGUGGUGAAAGAGGAAAUAUCUGAUGAUAAUGCAAAGCUGCCAUGUUUCAAUGGAAGAGUUGUAUGCUGGCUCGUCUCUGCAGAUGGUUCACAGUCUGAUGCUGGAUCUGUGUGCGCGGACAGUCAUUCUGAUUUGCCACCACCAAUUGAGCGGACAGGGGGCAUUGGAGACUCCCGUCCACCAUCUUUUCAUCCAAACACUCGAGGCAGCCAAGAAAACCUGGACAAUGACACAGAGACGGAUUCUGUGGUAUCGGCACAACGAGAGCGACCAAGAAGAAAGGAGACAUCAGAAAAUGCUCCCAGGCUCAAUGGCACAUCAAAGAUGGAGAGGCGCAGGGAUACAGGAGGAUAUGAAAGCUCGUCCACCCUAAUGAGCAGUGAGCUGGACUCAACUAGCUUCUUUGAUUCUGAUGAGGAUGAUUCCACCAGCAGGUUCAGCAAUUCCACAGAGCAGAGCAGUGCAUCUCGUCUAAUGAGGAGACAUAAGAGACGCAGAAGAAAACCUAAAGUCCCUCGUAUCGAGCGGUCCUCAUCAUUCAGCAGUAUAACAGACUCUACCAUGUCCCUGAAUAUAAUCACUGUCACUCUAAACAUGGAAAAAUACAACUUCCUUGGAAUCAGCAUUGUUGGACAGAGUAAUGAGCGAGGGGAUGGAGGAAUAUACAUUGGUUCCAUCAUGAAAGGAGGAGCAGUGGCUGCUGACGGCAGAAUUGAGCCAGGAGAUAUGUUACUGCAGGUCAAUGACACAAAUUUUGAAAACAUGAGCAACGAUGAUGCCGUGAGAGUCCUUAGGGAAAUUGUGCACAAGCCAGGUCCUAUUACUCUUACUGUCGCCAAGUGCUGGGAUCCCUCUCCUCGUGGUUGCUUUACUUUGCCAAGAAGUGAACCAAUCAGGCCAAUUGACCCAGCUGCGUGGAUUUCUCAUACAGCAGCAAUGACUGGUACCUACCCAGCCUAUGGAAUGAGCCCAUCGAUGAGCACAAUUACUUCAACCAGCUCCUCUAUAACCAGUUCAAUACCUGAAACUGAGCGCUUUGAUGACUUUCAUCUGUCCAUACAUAGUGACAUGGUAACAAUAGUGAAGGCAAUGAGCUCACCAGAAUCUGGAUUGGAGGUGCGGGAUAGGAUGUGGCUUAAAAUAACCAUCCCCAAUGCUUUUAUUGGCUCCGAUGUAGUAGACUGGCUGUAUAACCAUGUGGAGGGCUUCACAGAUCGCCGGGAAGCAAGAAAAUAUGCUAGCAAUCUUCUGAAAGCUGGAUACAUCCGCCAUACAGUCAAUAAAAUAACAUUUUCUGAGCAGUGUUACUACAUUUUUGGAGAUCUUUGUGGUAAUAUGGCAAAUCUUUCACUAAAUGAUCAUGACGGUUCCAGUGGGACAUCAGAUCAGGACACAUUGGCUCCUCUUCCACAUCCCGGAGCUGCCCCUUGGCCCAUGGCUUUCCAGUAUCAGUAUCCAUUGCCUCAUCCUUACAGCCCCCAUCCAGGAUUUCCAGAACCUGGGUAUAGCUAUGGAGGUGGCAGUGCCGGCAGUCAGCACAGUGAAGGAAGUAGAAGUAGUGGCUCCAACCGCAGCAGUACAGAAAAGAGGAAAGACAGAGACCCUAAGACUGGUGACUCAAAAUCUGGAGGGAGUGGAAGCGAGUCAGACCACACUACACGUAGCAGUUUGCGAAGAGACAGAGCAGCAAGUGAACGUUCAGUACCAGCAAGUGAACACAGCCACCGGAGCCACCACUCCAUAGCACACAGCAUCCGGAGCCACCAUACACACCAGUCUUAUGGUCCUCCAGGGGUUCCUCCUCUAUAUGGUCCUCCAAUGAUGAUGAUGCCAUCACCACCCCCUGUCAUGGGCCCCCCAGGAGCACCAACAGGCCGCGAUUUAGCCUCUGUCCCACCUGAACUCACCGCUAGUAGACAGUCCUUCCGCAUGGCUAUGGGCAAUCCCAGUGAGUUCUUUGUGGAUGUUAUGUGAGCAAAAUUUACAACAUUGGCCCUGUUUUUAGCAAUUUUUGUUUUUCUGAAAAUUUUCUAAUUAUUAUUUACAUCCUGAUACUAAGUACGGAAAUGGAGAGGCCAGCACGAUUCCACUGAGAUGUGUGUGUGAUGUUCGCGCGGACCCUCACACUUGCCACUAAUCCAUGCACCUAAUCUAUCAGACCCUGCUCCAGACCGUGUGUUUGUGCAGAGGGAGGAGGCUGGCCACAUCCUUGCCUGGUUGCUUGGCUUUUGUAACAGAUUGAUUUUAACAAAUUAAUAUUGCAUCUGUUUAAAAACAAACGCCAGUUAUGGGAAUGGAUUUACUCUUUGUUUUGCUUUUUUUCCCUUUACAACUGUGUUUCUUUUGUUAAGCAGCCAAGAAUUCGGGGGUCUUUGACUUUCUCUGAGCAAGUUGCCAGUGAAAGUGCACGACCCUCAAGUCGGAGGGUACCCCUACCUUGAACAUAUCAUGGCGCCAUUGUAUAGAUGAAGAGAAUCCAUUGCCACAGGAAGACGACCGAUUGGAGUGAAGCACCACAAGCCUUACAUUUUCAUAAACCACAAAGAACAUGCCUAUUUUGCCUUUGGAGUGCCAUGUUUUUUCUUAUUCCAUAUAUAAACUGA